AGGGGCCGGCCAGAGGGCCAAGGCCACAGCCGGGGGAAAUGGCUGAGGCCCAGGGGCUGCAGCGGCAGCCGGUUCCUGCUCUCGGCAGACGGCUCCCAGCAGCGGCAGCUGCAGCAAAGGGGAAGUGACCGCCUCCCCCCGCGGGCCGGAGCCACGCGCCCCUCUCCCCGGUCUGCCGUUCUGCUCUUGCCCAACUGGCUGCAGGGCAAGGGCUGGCCUGACACAUCCCUCUGCUGCAGAGCUCCAGCCUCCGCCUGUCCAGGACCAGCCAGCCCUCUCCCUGCUGGCACAGAGCCAUGGUCCCGCAUGGCCUCUGCCUCCUGGCCUUGCUGGCAGGGGCCGCGCUAACCUGCAGCGCGCGGGGGCUCAAGUGGAGUAUGCAGAUGCCCACGGCAGUAACAGGGCUGAAGGGUAGUGACGUGGUGCUGCCCUGCAAUUUCACACACCCAAACAUAAACUACAAGGACAACAUCCGUGUCCUUUGGAAGCCCUACUUCCAGUGCUUGGUGGCCAACAUCAGCAACGCAAAUGGCAACUGCAGCAAGGAGCCGGGGUCCAACAGUCGCUACAGCCUGGCUGGGGACCCGCGCCAGCAUGACCUGUCCCUGCGGGUGGCCAGGCUGAACUUUGAGGACAACGGGCCCUACGAGUGCCGCGUGGAGCUGAACAUAUCUGGGCAGUGCUGGACGCACAAGCCCCCCCUCAUCCUCACUUGGAAGGUACCACGCCAAGCUGGCAGCCCACGGGGUGCCCGGGGCGCUGGGCUCUGCCCACUAGACUGUAGCUGGGUGGAGGCUCAGCGUGAAAACCCCUGGGGUGGCCCCUGCUGGGUGCCUGUGCCCGGGAGCUCUGAGACGCUUCUCGGCAUCUACCCCAGGGCUUGCUGGCAGCAGGGGUGGCUGGGCCAGGGCAGGCCAUCAUGGGCCCCGGGCCGAGGGCCGGCAGCACUUGCUCCCAGUCCUCAGGUAUUGGGGGGGAGAGGGGAGAACCAGCACCUGGGUCUGCCAGCCCCUGCCCACGGUGCCCUGUGCCCUGCAGCACCGCCCAGCAUCCUCAACCUCACACUGCUGGAGGGGCCAGGGCCGGCGCGGGCUGUCUGCACGGCCGAGGGCAGACCCUUGCCCAACAUCACCUGGUGGGGCCCUGGCAACACCCCAGAGAGCCCAUCCCCACCGAAGGCCCAGGCUCAUUUCCAGAGCGCGGUGGAGAUCACGCUGCGGCGCAACGGGACCUACACCUGCCGGGCGAACAACGCGUGGGGCCAUGCCGAGCGCUCCCUGACUGUGGGGAACGACCACUUCCCACUCCUUGCUGCCCUGCUCCCUGCUGCCCUGCUGCUCCUGGCACUCCUGGUCCUGGCUCUCGUCCUCUGCCAGAGGCGGAAAGGGCGAUGCCAGGGCUCGCAGAGGGACAGCGUAGCCCACGCCAGCCCGGCCAGCGACACACCUCAUGCAGGUAGGGGUCUGACCGCCCGUGCCCCCCGUGCCGAGCUUGCGGGGGAGGCCGUGCAUUCUCCAAGCACGUCCUGCCACACUGACAGCCCCUUUCUGAAGCCAGGCUUGGGCCAAGGCUGCUCCAUGCAGGCAGCCCCAGCCCCAGCCCCAGGGAGAGACGGGGUGCCCUGCUGUGAGGGGGCAAGGGUCACCUAG